AUGAGUUCACAAAGCAGCCUCGUCAAUGCUUUUCCAGGCCCUAAAGCUGGAAGCGCAAGCACAACUUCCACCUCCACAGUUCGAUCGCGACCUCGACGCUUAGUUUCAUUCAUGGAUGACGAGGAGGACGAAAGCUCAAAUUAUUCUUACCAGAGCGACUCCCAGCCGUUAUCCUCCGCCUUGUCCACCACUCUUGCACCAUCCGAGACUGGAUCAACUCGCUCGCGGGGGCCAUCUCGUGGUGCGUCACCACUUCCGCGGACGCACCCCUCCCGAGCGACCGAAUCGGCCAACCGUGACACACGCAGUGAGACCUCUGCUUUUGCUUGGAAUGGAUCCCUCACCUCGUCGCGAGGUGCUGCGGACUUUCUAGACUCCUCGUGGUCGUCACUCCAAAGUAUUGCAUCUUCGGUUCUGGGGAGUGACGCAGGACGAGCCACUCCCCCUAAUACAACAAAGACGAACCCGCGCAGAAAGCCCUCUCGGUCGGAUGUAUAUAUCAAGAGUGGUCCGAGACCGGCGUGGGGUCCAUCGGCGCCGAAUUCCUUAGAUGUUGGCACUGGGACCCAGGAGGAACGACAAGCUCUGGUUCAAGCGAAGAAGAGAGAAGCGCUUCUACUUGCGGAUAGUGACCCAAUCGCAAGCCGGGCUUUCCCCCAUAAAAGACGCGACUCGGGAGACACUUCGCACCAAGCGAUUGACCCAGGGCAUGAUGAGGAUGCGCUGGCUUAUAUUCACAGCGUGCAGCCGACAGAUACUAUCACUGGAGUGACGAUCAAAUAUGGAUGCCAGGCUGCGGUGUUCCGGAAAUCAAAUGGUUUCUGGCCCAAUGACAAUAUUCAAAGUAGGAAUGUUGUUUUACUGCCAGUUGACGCAUGCUCGGUGAAAGGCCGACCUCUGCCCAAAGAGCCUGUGGAUCUAUUGAGUCCGGAUACCGAAGACCCCAGUGACAGCUCUAUCGCCCCCGUGGCCACUUCCAAUAAUAAGACCAAGGGAAAGGAGAAACCUACCCCCCUCGAAGAUCCCAACCAGGUUUGGACACAUGAAUCUUGGGUGCAGAUGGAUGGUUUCCCAGGACCAAUACAGAUUGUCCGAGUGCCUCGAAGUGCACUAGGCUUUUUCCCGCGUACACGUCGAAAAUCAACUUCCUACUCAGAUGCCGAUCCCCCGACCUCAUAUCGAGAAACAGUCACACCUCCAUCUCCCUCUGGAUCACCCCCUCCGCCAUCAACACUUGGUGCACUCCCACGAACUCGAUCUAACGGGGACCAAUCUAAGCCCAAGUCCUCAAAUCCCUCUCGUCCCGGACAUCGUCGCCGACAGAGUAGCCUUCACCUGACCGGCACUGGCGUGGGAACCCUCGAUUCCACCUCGACAGGCCCAGGGCCUGCUUUAGAUGGCUUCACCCGAUUCUUCGCACAACACAUGCCGAAUCUUGCACCAGGGCCACCCCCAGACAAUGCACGCAACGCUUCAUUUGAAUCCGCGUCAACUGCGACUUCCAACGCAUCGACCGGGCUCGAGAACAUCGGCGGUGCUUUCGAGGGCUGGGUUCGCAAAGUAGCGACGCGGGCCAAGGCCGGCAUCAAUGAGCUGCAACAGCCUCCCAGCCAGCAAGGCAAUAGCCGAGGACGCAAUCUAUGGCGAAUGGAUGACUUGAUCGAACUUGACGAUAGCAGAGUAGAUGGUCGAGAUUCUACGAGCCCUUUCAAGGGUAGUCCGCAGAGACCCGAUUUGCAAGGUGGAUCUUCCUCAUCUUCCGUCCGAUACAACAGUUCUUCAGCGGUGGCAGCGAGCAGGUCUCGUGCAGCUGGUUUCGGCUCAGGCUCUUCAGGCGCAUACGGCGAACGAGCCAAGGACGACUAA